UUAAUUUAAUGAGCCAAGUGGAACUCAACAUUUUUUACAGUUCUUUUUGACCCAUUCUCUGCAUUUUUCGCUUCACACUGAUAUGAUUGUCGCAGUGAGCAGGUUUAUUUAACACGAGGGCAAAUAAAGUGUCCAACAUAGGAAGCUUUGCUACGACUACUGGUUUACGUAGGACAGGAGAUGAGAACAAGUGGAGAAGAAGGAGGCUCAGUUCAGCGCUGAGAGGCAGGAGUUUAGGUUGAUAAGAGACAAGUGUGCUUAAAGCAGGAGAAAAAAAGAAAGAAAACUCCUCCCAAAGCACAGAGGAGCAGAAGGAGGGGCUGGAUGCUCGCAAAUCUCUCCCCAGAGAAAGAAAAGGGGAGGGCAGGGCUUGUGAAUGCGCUGCACUACUUGUUGUUGCCUGUCUGAAAGAGCGUGAGCGUGUAGAGUUAGAGCGGGUCAGUGAGUCAGCCUGCAAGUCUUCAGAAGUAUGAAAGUGGGGAAGGUUGCUAGAAGUUUGAAAGACUGAAACUCACCUUUAAGCAGAGAAGAGGCAACGUCCCGGCUUCCAUGCCUGCUUAAGUUUCCCAAAGUUACAGCUGAUCCAGCUCAGAUGAUGAUGUAAUCCCUGAUCAGCUGUGGAUAAGCGCGGUUCUCGUUGCAGAGCUGAGGAUGAUGGCUGAGGGGCGCUUUGCCAGCCUGCCCAGAUCCCUCCAUGCCCACCGCGCUUUAGGAGGAGGUGCUGCCCACCCUGGAGUCACCAGCAACUCCACCAGUCCUCCCAGCAACAUCACCUGCUCCCCCAGGAAGUGUCAGCCCUCCCUCGCCUCCCCCAUGGACCGCCUCACCUCCAAACUUGGCCUCCCAGCGGGGCAAGGCAGCAGCUUAUCUGAGAUUCCUGCAGCAGCCUACCAGCCACUCUCGUUACAUGGAACACUGCCACGGAGCAAGCGAGGAGGGGCCAACGUCGCCCAUGGGAACUACACAUGGGACCCCAAAAUCAAUCACACACAGCCGUUAGUCUGUGGGAACCCACUGCUGCCUCCUGGGCUCGUGCACCCGCCUAUAAAACCCUCACUGUCCCAAAACAGUGACUUUAACAGUUACAGAGAUCCCGCAGCUGCCCUGGAUGCCGCGGUCGACUACGUCAAGUUCUCCAGAGAUCAGUUCAUCCUGGACUGUUCUGUCGAGAAGCUUCGCAGAGAGCUUGAGGAGGAGCUGAAGAUGAGCGGUGAGGAGCCCAGGAGUCACGCUUGGUACCACGGAGCCAUUCCCAGACAGGUUGCUGAAAACUUGGUGCAGCGUGAUGGAGACUUUCUGAUUCGUGAUUCAGUUUCCAGUCCAGGAAGUUACGUUCUGACCUGCCAGUGGCGAAACGCUGCUCAGCACUUUAAAAUAAACAAGAAGGUGGUGAUGUUGAACGAAGCUUACUCCAGAGUUGAGUACCGGGUAGAUCGUGAAGGAUUUGACAACGUUCCUUCGCUCAUUAGAUUUUAUGUUGGCAACAGAAAACCUGUCUCACAGGUGGUAGGGGCCAUCAUCUUCCAACCCAUCAACCGUUCAUUGCCGCUGCGCUGCUUAGAGGAAAAGUACAGCCUGUCCAGCAACCACAAAGAGGAGGGGCUUGUGGAGCAGGAGAGGCGGAGCCAAAAACGCCUGAGCCUCAACAUUAUUAAUGGCCACGCACACGACAGCACACACACCAUGCACAACAACACACACUGCCAGGACAACGGCUUGGUCCGAAGCAGCCAGCUCAGGCUGAAGGAUCGCUGCGGCAGCCAACCAGCAAGUCUCAACCAAGUCCAGGAGAGGCGACGCCCACUGAAGGCACACCAAUCAGAGAGCUUCCUGCCUCUAGGAUCCAAACCGCAGCCUCAGCCACCCCCCGACCCACUCCUCCCCAGCCCCAGCCCGAAAUCUCCGGUGUUUCGGACCGGCAGCGAACCAGUUCUGAGCCCCUCCACCCAACGCAGAUCAGCAGAACCUCAAGCAGGUCAGGCACUCCGGGGCUCCGACAGCCAGCUGUGUCCUAAACCGCCUCCCAAACCCAGCAAAGUCCCUCUGGCUCGACUCCCCCGCUCCCCCUGCCGUCAGCCCCUGAUGCCCCCCUCCACCUCCCUGACACACUCACCCUGCAUCCCCCCCAGCCUGGCUGCACCCCCCCAAACGUCCACAUGUGCAGAAAUUCCUGCUACUCCCAGGAGGAGUGGAGGUUGCUCCUCUGGCUCUACGGGACCUCCUGUUCCUCCGCCGAAGCCCCAGAAGUUCCAACUUCACCUCCCUUCCACAGACGCCCACAGCUCCUGUGGUUCACCUGCUGAAGGUGCUCAGUGUCCCAGCUCAGAGGCUGGGCAGCUGCACCUCAGUGGAAGCAACCAAAAGCCCCAGAGCCUCAUCGCAGAUCACAGACCUGAAGUCCAUCCUCCGGUCUGCAGCUAUGUGGAGAGACUGAAAAGGGAAGAGGACGGGGAAGCAGAAGGACAGAGAACGUUGGACAGAAGCUCCUACCAUCACGCCAUCGCAGCUUUAGAAAACACCAGUGAGGAAGAGGAUGAGGACACAGAGAUGGAGGAGGAGGAGGAAGAAGCGAGGAGUGGUUUUCAGCGGCCGGUUGUGGAGACGGAAUCUGUGUUCAGACCUUCUGAUUUUGGAUCACGGCUCCUCCCACCUGAGAACAAACCGCUGGAGAAGUCCGUUCUGAAGAGAGCGAAGGAGCUGCUGCUGAGCCACAACCAUCAGAGCAUCGCGCGACACCUGCUGAUGGCCGACUGUCAGGUUGCGAGGAUCCUCGGUGUGACCACGCAGAUGAAAGGUCAGAUGGGCGUGUCGUCCGGGCUGGAGCUGGUGACGCUGCCGCACGGCCGACAGCUGAGGCUGGACCUCAUGGAAAGGCACCACACCAUGGCGAUAGGUGUUGCUGUGGAUAUUCUGGGUUGCACGGGCACCGUGGAGGAGCGGGCGUCCACGCUGAAUCGCAUCAUUCUUGUUGCGAUGGAGCUGAAGGACACGGUGGGCGACCUGUUUGCUUUCACAGCGCUGAUGAAAGCGCUGGACCUGCAGCAGAUCAGCCGCUUGGAGGAAACCUGGACGACCCUGCGGAGGAACUUCACGCAGACCGCCAUCAGCUACGAGAAAAUCCUCAAACCUUUUUACAAGAAUCUGCAAGAAGCUGAAGCCUCCUCGUCCUCUGUGGUCUGUGUGCCGCCCCUGCUGCCUCUCCUCACUCUAAUGGAGCGGCCGACAGUCACACCUGAGGGGGCGGAGCUCUGGGAGAACAGCGACCAGGGCUGUGACAUCAUGCUGCGACACCUGGAGUUCGCCCGUGACUUCGCCAGCAACGCACAGAGCUACACAGCCGACGCGCAGAAGCUUUUACAAGGGUUUCAGUGUGAUGAAGAUCUGCUGGAGGUGCUUAAGACAGACUUCCAGCUGCGGCUGCUGUGGGGAAGCCGUGGAGCCGCAGUUAACCAAUCUGAUCGCUACAAUAAGUUCAACCUCAUCCUAACUGCGUUGUCCCGGAAACUAGAGCCACUGCCCAAAACGCAGACCUUAAUCUGAGGGCGCAAACCGGGACUUUAAAAAAACAUUUCCUCAGAGAUCUGGAUGCAUCUUGACAUUACAGAUCUGCAGCCACAGAUGAGCUCCCGGUCUGCUCCAGCACCGAGUCUAUCCGGUUAUAAACAUCUACCCCCUGAAGCUUUGUGCAGAUGGAACAACACCGCCUGUUCCUCCAACCGAAUCAGACUCGACACGGAUACAUCCUCAGCAGAUGAUCACCAGAACCAUCAAGAAAGACUAAAAUGUUGAUUUGCAUCAAAGUAGCAGCUCUUUGACUGGAGAACAAGAUUUGAUCAAUCUACUGAAGAGCUUCCAGAAACCAGGAGACUCCCAGAUGAUCUGGUAAAAAUAACCAGCUUCUCUUUAAAAUCAUUAACAGCAGAAUUCGCAAUAAGUUAUUUCAUAAGAAGAAAACGGCUCUCCGGUCGAUCUACGUCCCAAUCCUCACCUAUGGUCAUGAGCUUUGGGUAAUGACCGAAAGAACGAGAUUGCGAAUACAAGCGGCCAAAAUGAGUUUCCUCCGUAGGGUGGCCGGGCUCAGCCUUAGAGAUGGGGUGAGGAGCUCGGACAUUCGGGAGGGACUCGGAGUAGAACCGCUGCUCCUCCGGAUCGAAAGGAGUCAGUUGAGGUGGUUUGGGCAUCUGGUCAGGAUGCCUCCUGGACGCCUCCCUGGGGAGGUGUUUCGGGCAUGUCCUGCCGGCAGGAGGCCCCCGGGUCAACCCAGGACACGUUGGAGAGUUUACAUCUCCAAUCUGGUCCGGGAACGCCUUGGGGUCCUGCCGGAGGAGCUGGUGGAGGUGGCCGGGGAGAGGACGGUCUGGAGCUCCCUAGUUGGGAUGCUGCCCCCCCGACCCGGACCAGCGGAGGAAGAGGAAGACGACAAACUGUGUGAAUGUUUUUUGUACAGAAACACUGAAAAGAAAUCACUAAGUGACUCUAAAGCUGUAUUUAAAACUUGUUAAUAUUUAGAGUGUAAAUACUUUUUUGUAGACCUGAAAAAUGUUUAUUAUAUAAUAAAUUUGUGGUAAAAUUUAAUAAA